ACCUCGAUAUCAAACGGAAUCAACAGCUAGCCACAGCCUCUGAAAGUGAAAUCACAAACACUUUUGGAGCACGCACGCAACAGCCGUCGCUAAGCAAGCUGCAUCAAUGGCGAGCCUUGGGUUGGGCUUCUUGGUCGCCGCCGCCGUGUCCGCGGUGGCGCUCAUGCCGCCGCCUGCCGCCGCGCAGCUGAGGCCGUACUACUACUCCAGCAUCUGCCCGAACCUGGAGGUCAUCGUCCGGAGCUCCGUGAAGCAGUCCAUGGCGCAGUCCCCGAUCUCGGCGCCCGCCGCGCUCAGGCUCUUCUUCCACGACUGCGCCGUCAGGGGCUGCGACGCGUCGAUCAUGAUCGUGAACUCGAACGGCGACGACGAGUGGCGCAACCCCGACAACCAGUCGCUGAAGCCGGAGGGGUUCCAGGUGAUCCUGAACGCCAAGGCCGCCGUCGACAGCGACCCGCAGUGCCAGUACAAGGUCUCCUGCGCGGACAUCAUGGCCCUCGCCGCCAGGGAGUCCAUCGUCCAGAGCGGCGGGCCGAACUACGAGGUGGAGCUCGGGCGGUACGACGGCCGGGUGUCGACCAAGGCCAGCGUCGUGCUGCCGCACGCCAACUUCACCCUCGACCAGCUCAACGCCUUCUUCUCCGGCCUCGGCUUCUCCCAGUCUGAAAUGAUCGCCCUCUCAGGCGGCCACACCCUCGGCGCCGCGGACUGCCCCUUCUUCCAGUACAGGAUCGGCACCGACCCGACCAUGGACUCCGGCUUCGCGUCGCAGCUGAACAGCACCUGCAGCGCCAACCCCAGCAGCGGCUUCGCCUUCCUGGACGACUCGCCGGUGACCUUCGACAACUCCUUCUACCGAAACCUGCAGGCCAGGAAGGGGCUCCUGGGCUCCGACCAGGCGCUCUACUCCGACGUCAGGUCCCGCGGCACGGUGAACUACUACGCGGCGAACCAGGGCGCCUUCUUCGCCGACUUCGUGGCGGCCAUGACCAAGCUCGGCAGGGUCGGCGUCAAGACGGCGGCCACAGGCGAGAUACGCCGAGACUGCCGCUUCCCCAACUAGUUAUUGCCGGCCGGAUCGAAUUGAUGACACACACAUCAUUCAACAUUGAUACAUGUACCAUGUGUUACAGUACCAUUAGUUAUAUAUAGUUUAUAUAUAAAGGCUGUAAUUAAAUAAUAAGCUCAUGGCUUUGAUUCAUAUAUGGGGCCCCUGAUGUGUAUAAUAUAUACCCUCCUUGUGAUUAAGUGAUUAACUGAUUGUCU